CCUUCAUUCAUCUCCCUCCCUCUACACAUCCGCCUCUGUAUACACCUAGCCCAUUACUCCGGCAACCGCCACUUACUCCGGCCACCACUUACUCUGCCUCCCCCGACCUCCAUCUCCCGUCCUGUGUAUUCACUUAGUCUGUCCACCACGAGCCAUCCGCCGACGACGCUUGCCGUGUUUCAAGCCGCCUCCGACACAUCUUCAGACUACUGCCGCCAUCGUCUUCGCUCUUUUUCCAGAAUGCCCGCUCGUAGAGGUUCAUUCACUUCGUUUACUUCCUCCCGCGGCGGUCGGGGAGGUGGAGGUAGCCCAGUCAUCACCCGGAAUGAGCAGAACUCUCCUCUAGCUGAUUCGCAUGAGCGUGUCCAAUCCUGACACCUUUCUGAUGAACAUACAAAUGGUUUUGAUUCUUCUACCCCCGACGAAUCUGUUCAGAAAAAGACCUUCAUUUCACCCUUUGAAAUGAGAAGCAAUCCUACUGUCCUCAACAACAUCAUUUCUAUCCUAACUAACAAUUUCCACGGGUCAUGGCGUUCUUAUAUGAAUGCGGAUGUUGAUCAACGCAACCACUGAAAAAGUAUGAGUGGGAUGUCUGCUUUAAUACCAAAAUGAAAAAGAAGUUCAAGUCUCGGGCCUCUGAAUGGUUGAGCAAAAACAUUGGUAGGGCUAGGCGGGACAACAAGAAGCCGGACUGGAUUGGUGAAGGAGAUUGGAAGUUGUUGCAAGAAUAUUGGGCCUCUGAUGCUUUUAAGAAGAAGAGCCAUGCUGGAAAGAAGAACAGAAACUCUAAAGCGGGGAAAGAAUCACAAUAUCACGGUGGCAGGAUUCCGGUGACUACGCAUGUUGAAAGGCUGACCAAGGAGUUGACUAGGGCUCCCUUGAAGAUUGAAGUGUUCGAAAAGGUGUAUGUCCCAAAAUCGGGUGACCCCCCAACACGUGUAGUUGAAACUAAGGUAAAUUAUACGAAGUAUAUAUCAGUUUGUUACUCCCUCUGUCCCGCAAUGAACUUCACACUUUCUGAUACACUUGUAAUUUCCGUGUGUAUAUUUAUGUUUUUAGCUAGUUUUGGUUGUUUAAUAUUUCGGAAAUUACACACUUUUGGUGUAAUAGUUUAGUUUGUUAAAUUCUUGUAAAUUGUUUAGAUUAGGUUUAUUCUGAGCUCAAACAGGUCUACUAUCACUCAAAGGAUGGUUGGUGAAUCCCAAAAGUGGAAGGAAGGUGCAAAUCACAAGACAAAAAGGGAAAAUCCUGAUUUUGGUCUAUACUCGGUCGAGUAUUACCUAUACUCGAUCGUGUAUAAGGUUGAAACUUCAAAUCGGAUCGGAUCCGAAGACAAAGGAACAUGCUGGGAAGAUUUUGGCCACGAUUCAGUGUCUAUACUCGAUCGGGUAGACCAACAUACCCGAUAUAGUAUGCCUUUGAGUUUAAACCCGAAAUCGGUCGAGUAUGGCUCGAAUAUCACUUUCUACACAUACUCGACCGAGUAUGAACAUAUACUCGAUCGAGUACGCCUUUGAUUUUUAAGCCAAAAUCGAUCGAGUAUACCUCGAAUCUGGUAUUUCUACACAUACUCGAUCGAGUAUAUGUAUAUACUCGAUCGAGUACCCGAGCUGCACUCCCAAAAAGCCUAUAAAUACACCCCCUUUCCUUCACAAUAGAGAACCAAUUCCUAUAUACUUCUUAGAUCAGUUUAGACAAGUUCUUUAUUUAUAUUUUAUCAUGUUUAGUCUCCAAAUGAGGAGCUAAACUCUUCCAUCUUGGUUUUGC